GAACCCGAGGCGGUGCAGCGCAUGCGCGGCCACUGGGCCGUUGGGCUGCGGGAUUUGGGGCCCGAAGGGCACCAGCAGAACACCCCUGCUCUAGGAGGAGGUGGAGCUUUACUGGGAGCCUAUCAGAGAUGCCUCUUUUCGGGAAUAAGUUCAGUCCCAAGAAGACGCCUCCUCGGAAGUCAGCCUCUCUCUCCAAUCUACAUUCUUUGGACCGAUCCACUCGGGAGGUCGAGCUGGGACUGGACUAUGGAGCACCAACCUUGAACCUGGCUGGGCAGAGCCUCAAGUUUGAGAAUGGCCAGUGGAUAGCAGAGUCAGGUGCCUGUGGAGGCGCGGAUCGCAGGGAGACCCAGCGACUGCGCAAGAGGAAUAAGCAGCUGGAAGAGGAGAACAAUCUCCUGCGAGUCAAAGUGGAGAUCCUGCUGGACAUGCUCGCCGAGACCACGGCCGAGUCCCAUCUCAUGGAGAAGGAACUAGAUGAACUGAAGAGCAUUAGCCAGAGGAGGAAGUGAUGUCAGAGGCGCCAAGCCCCCAGGGUCAGUACCAAGGGGUCAGGGAAGAGGGAGGGCUGGCCCUGGUGGAGGUACUGACAGAACAUACGGGCAUGCAGGACCGUCUGGGCCGGGCCUCCGGGCCAGGAGAGGAAGAGGAGCUCAUUCUAGAGCCUGGAAAUCUUGGUGUGAUAUGGCCGACAGAGCAGCUCCAUCCAAGACAUGCUUCGUUCAGAUGGAUCAUCAGCUCGCUCCUACCUGGCCCCAGCCACGACAAACUCUGGGGUCCAGCUUUGACCCUCUCCUAAAUUAGUAGCUCUGCGGCUUCAUUGGCUCAUCCGGCCCUUCUACCUGCUCCCAUGGGAGUGCAGGUGUUCUAGUUUUUACUAUUAGUUUUUAUUAAAGGUGAAACCAGUUCUGUGGCUCAGGUGAUUCUGCCUCCGGUGAACAGGGGGAGACUGGCCAUCUGUGGCGCCUUGAAGGCAGGUAGAACCAGAGCUUUUGUGGUUCAGAGGAAGGAGGGGAGCCAUGCAGCGGAUGCUCACAGGUGGUUUUGAUAAGGUCAGGGUAUGACAGGUUUCUCUUAGGGACCACCAUGGGGGAAGGGCUGGGAUCCAAUAGAAGGAUGUGCCUUGCAGAAUUUGAAGCACAACAUAAAGGCUCCAUGCCUUCAAUCCAGCGAGGGCUUUAGGCGCCCCUCUCUGACCUGGACCCUAUAUGGGAGCUGAGCUAAGAGUGCCCUGUGGCCUCCAGUGCUCUGCUGGGCUUCUACUUCCCACACAGCAGCCUUAGGGGAGGGAGCUGGGGACCCUCAGGUGAGACUUAAGGCCAGAUCACUGUGCUGGGAGGCGAUGACACCAGAAGUGGAGGGCGCGCCAAGAUGAUCUGCCAAAGGGCACAAACGACCAGAGGAUCCAAGGGUGCCCCAAGCACUCUCUUCUGGAGUGGAUACAUCGCCACUGUGAGGCAGGAUGAACAUGGAGGUGACCUUUGAGUCCUGCCCUCUCCAAGGCACAGCUUGUGGGCUAGCAGGCCAGUGUCUUAUGCUCUAGGUGCUGGGGAGUCCAUGGCCAAAAUGAAAUAGUCCCUUCCCUCAAGUUUAUAGGCUACUGGGGCAAACAGCCUGUCUACCACUAAGUCAAAAUCAUAAGUAAACACACAUGGUGAUCAUUGAGAGCUUUAGAUUUGUAGCCCAUUUUUCAUGUGGCCAUUAAUCAGGGGGAAAGAAUAUCAGACUUCAGGGCAGUUAGGUGGCACAGUAGAUAGAGCAUCAGCUCUGAAGUCAGGAGGACCCGAGUUCAAAUUUGACCUCAGACAUCUGUGUGACCCUAGGCAAAUCACUUAACCCUCAGAAAAAAAAAAGACCAAGCUUCCCAGGGACAAUUUUAAUAUCACGUUCAUAUAUAUCCAAGCUAUUUCUAGCUUAGAAAGAUGUCCAAAUGGCACCACUGACUCCACUUUGCCUCAAGAUGAUUCAUUUCAAGAAACCAGCAAUACUGCUUCUGGGUCUAUGUCCCACAGAAAUCACAAAAAUGGGAAAGGACAUAUAUGGACAAAAAUAUUCACGGCAGCUCUUUUUGGUGGCAAAGAUUUGAAAAUUGAGGGAAUGCCCAUCAAUUGGGGAAUGGCUGAACAAUUUACAGUAUAUGUAAUGGAAUAGUAUUUUGCUGUAAAAAAUGAUGAGCUAGUGGAUUUCAGAAAAGCCUGGAAAGACUUGCAUGAACUGAUGCUGAGUGAAGAGAGCAGCGCCAGGACAACAUUGUAAACAGCAACAACAAGAUGGUGUGAUGAUCAACUGUGCUAAACUUAGCUCUUCUCAGCAAUACAAUGAUCUAAAACAGUUCCAAAGGACUCAUGAUGGAAAAUGCUAUCCACAUCCAGAGAACUAUCAUGUCUGAAUGCAGAUCAAAAUACACUCUUGUCAUUUUGGUUUGUUCUGA